ACUCAAUAACAAUAAGGAGAAUCCAAUACCAAAAUUAUCCAAGGCCACAUAAACUCCUUCAUGUGCAUUGUCCAUGUCCAUCAUCAUGUCCAAUUCCCUCUCCAUCCUUCUCUUCUUUGCAUCCCUUGCAACACAAACAGUCCAUGGCGUUGCCAACACUAAGCUUCUCCAAGUGCUCUGCAACUCAGUGACAUACACCGCCGGUGAUCCCUUCACCAUAAGUCUCUCCUACGUGCUCUCCGACCUCAAGACCGAGACACCGUCAACCAAAACCUACAGUUACUACAACAUCUCGCCGUUUCCUAAUGCCUUUGCCUACGGGCAUGCAGCUUGUUCAGCCAACCUCACAGCAGUGGACUGCGGUGCGUGUCUUGGCGCUGCUAUUCAAGUGAUGAAUAGCAGUUGUUUUAUGAGGAUUGGUGCUCGCUCUACUCUUUCUGAUUGUAAUAUAAGAUAUGAGCAGUAUCCUUUUGUUUAAUUGUGUCAACUUUGUUUUUGUUUUAAGGUUGUGUUUGGUGAUCUGUAAUAAAAUCUGCAUGAUGUGCAUGGAGAUUUUGGUUUCAGAAAUUGCAAACCUCAGAACUUAAAUAGAAGGAUUUGGUUUCAGAAA